GAGCCGAUCCCUUACGCUAUCCCGACCGACCUCUGGGAGGAGCAAUGGCAGCAAGCAGUACCCACACGUUGUAAGCAGCCCCACGCGCACUUCGUGUACACUCACUGGGCGCACGACGCCGACGACCUCAACCUUAAGUACGCCAAAUGGGCCACGGCGCCCGAGAACACCAUGAUCAGCCACCACCAGAUCGACCCCAAGGAAGCCGCAGCUUUCACAGGCCGUGCCCAAGGCUACCAAUUGUCCUGGAAGAAGACGGCCGCCGCCCCAGGCCGCGUUCACGUACAUGACCCUCAGUCGGAAUGGUGGGCAAUCACGCUCACCCUCAUCAAGCGCUACGCUGCGCUUCACGACAAGCCCAAGCACACAACGCUCAUGCAGCAGCAGGCCUCCAUCAUCCAGCAGCGCGCGGACCACUUCAGCGCUCACUUUCACGACCUCCAGUUCGAGAAGGACGAGGACACCAUCUUCCGCUGGUUUGCACUCGUCUGGGCCCCGCACUUGGACAACGAGGACACCGACGACUUGGUCACCAUUACUGCUACUUGGGCCUCCAGAGCGCUUUCCGCCGCCCUCGCCAAGUCCAAGAGGGCCUACGGCGCCUGGCUCGCCAAGCAAUGGAAACACCGCCCUGGAGUACUACACGCCCAUGUCAAGCCAGCGCCCGUGCGUCACAUCGAGGCCUACACGACCAACCUGACCAUCGCCGACCCCGCCGUUAUCAUGGACAGCAAGAAGCAACAAUGGCAACAAGUAUGGCAGGCCACCGAGACCCCCGACGACAUCCUACAG